AUGUUCGAUCCAAUCUCCACGGAGGACCUUCCUGGAUCGCCUCCUGCGGAUAUUUCGGUGGCACCCGAUCAUCGUAUGGUGUCGACGCUGACGUGUAUGGGCGGUUACCGGUACCCACCGACGGCCCGCAGCACCAAGCAGAGCUCUGCGGCGGGAGCCGCAAGCGCCAAGUCGCCCACGGAAGCUAUCUCUCGGGAGAAAGGCAUCCAAGACGGGAACGGUCGGGACGAGCUCGGUGGUGACAGCGCAUGCUAUUGCGUCGAUGUGCGGCGAUCGCACGGCGUCAAAUGA